AUGAACAAACAUAAUGCAGACCAGCCAAGUGCAGGCAGCGAGGUGGCAAAGAGCAUCAAACCCACAGAGCAGGUUGAGAAAAAGGAGCAAUGCCAGAAGGAGAAACGGAGAAGUGACAAGAAUCUGAGUUUAAUUGAGGCAGUUUUCCAUGAUGCAGGCAUUGAUGAUAAACAAGGCUUGGAUAAAAAAAAGUUCCGGGAAGUUAUGAAAACGAUCAUGGGUGAUGUGAAGGAUGAGGAUCUUGAUGGUAUAUUCAUGAAGGUGGAUGCCAACUGUGACGGCACAGUGAAAUGGGAAGAGUGUAAGAAUUAUAUGCAGCUGGAGCAUGAAGCCAAAGACUCAAUGCAAAAGUCAGUCCGACCCCUGUACUUCCCAAAACCCAUCAAGGUCCUGCGGCAUGCUCACUGCAAGGCUAUCGUCGCGUUGCAGUUCUAUCCUUUCCAGAAGCCCCAGGGAGAGAAAAGGGAUUCAGGGGGGUUUGAGGAGUGUGCCCCCAAACCCCGAAUCCAGCCAGGUCACUACCUGUCAAUCACUCAGGAUGGUAUCCUCAGCUAUUGGAGUGAGCGGUUCAAGCUGUUGCACUCUGUGAAUCUUGACAACCUGAAGCAAAUGCAUGCCGAACUCUUCCAGAAGAUCUGGGUAACGGAUAUGAUUUGCCUGAGGAACAUUGACCUGCUGGCCAUCUCCUCCACCAGCCUCCAUUUGGAAUUCUAUGACAUCAGUGCCAGGAAGUGUGACCUUGCAUUCACCUUGACUGGUCUAGACUGCUCGGUGACGGUCAUGGAUUAUUGGUCAGACGGUAAAAAAGGCGUGUUCACCUACGGGGAUGUGAAUGGCUGUGUGACUGUCUUCACAUCUGCUGAUGUGAUUCAUAACGGCCUCUUCAACAGAGGGACCUCGAAGACUGUUUCAGGGGGUGACUGUCAGAUAACUGUGGCAGACUUGCAGAAAAACUCUUGCGGCAAUUAUCACUAUUUUAAAGUUGCUCUUCAUAAAAAUUGGUGCCAGCAAAUCCAUUUCCUCCCAAAGCUGAAUGUCAUUGCCACCUGCUCUGCAACAGACCAGACAGCAAUGGUGUUGACCAGUUUUCCAGAUUCAUACAAGAGCGAAGUCCACAACACUGUCUUCCAUCUGCAAAAGGGUAUAAUGUGCUUUGAUUACUCCCCAGAUCUGAAUAUUCUCGUGACAGGAGGUCUUGACAGGAUCGUGCGAGUCUGGAGCCCAUAUGUGACAAAAAGGUCUUGUCAGCAGAUGAAGGGCCAUAUCUCUGUCAUUACACACAUUUUGGUCAAUGGCAGGGACAAGAAGGUCAUUAGCAUCUCCAAGGACAAGAACCUGCGCGUGUGGGACCUCCAGGACUGCUCCUGUCUUCAGAACAUCCGCUCAAAUGAAGUAUCGAUGGGCAGGCCCCCCAUCACUGGCGUCUUCUACAACCGUGACACUAACACCCUGGUGGUUGCCACCUGUCUGGUGGGAGUUCUACAAGGGGCAGUGGAAGAUGUGAACAUGAUUUAUAAGGCAAAAACUCACAAGGAGCCCCUGUGUGCUUCUCUCUACAACACUAACUUCAAACAGGUGGUGAGUGGUUGCCAUGACGGUGUGGUCUGCGUGUGGGACAUCAUGACAGGAGAGAAGGUGAUGCAGUUCCAGACAUGCCCCAGGAAGCCUGUGGAAGUGACUGCUAUGGCAUUCGACACACCCCAGCGACGACUCAUCACGGGUUCCUAUGAUGGCACAGUACGCAUCUGGAAUUUCAACAAUGGGGCACUGCUCUUACAGGUCCCCCUUGUGGACAAAACUGAGGUAACAAGCAUCCUGCACAUCAACAAGAGGAUCUAUGUGUCAGGCUGGAGCAAACGCAUCAUAUGCUACAAGGAUGUGAGAAGGGAAUCCCAGAUGGACUAUUAUGUGUGGAACCACUACCACUCGGAGGACAUCUUCUGUAUGCAUGCCUAUGGCACUGAGAUGGUCGCGACAGCCUCGUACAGUGGUGACACCAUUAUAUGGAGCACCAGCUCCAAGGAGCCACUCUGCCGCCUCAAUGCUAGCGAGAGCCCACGGCUUCUGAUCUGUGAUCCGGGUGUGGGUGCUGAGGAGAAGCAAAGUUGUGGGUUCAAUCCCAUAAGCCCUGAAGAGCUGGCCAAACCCACUAUGGCAGUGGAAAAGGCCCUGUUUCUAAGCACACGAAAUCACAGCCCUGACACUGCUAUCCUGCUGACCAGCACAGCACAUGGCUAUGUCUAUGCAUGGUCCGUCUGCAAAGGAGGUGGGCUGCUAGGCAAGUUCAGAGCCACCCGAACAGAGGACACAGCAAUCACCACCCUGGCUACUAAUCCCGGGGAACAGACGCUACUCGCAGGGGACAGUAAGGGAGUAAUCACGCUGUGGGACAUUGAGAACUACUGCUAUUGCAUGUCGGGCAAAAGGGAUGAGAAGGAGGAGGAGUCAACCAGGGAGAAAACCCUGGGGCAGUCCAAUUUCAUCCCAAAGGAUGGCCAGGAGGGACUGGGAAAGGUGGUGUGGGGUGGAUUGAGGAUCUCCUUCUCCAGCCCAAAACUCCUGAACUCCUGGCGGUGUCACGGGAAAAGGAUUGUCCACCUGGAGUAUGUGGAGAGCUUACAGCUCAUUGUCACCGCCAGCCUUGACUGCAACGUGCGCUUGUGGACAUUUACCGGCGUAUACAUAGGCACAUUUGGCCAGGUGCAGUGGUACGUCGAUGACCCUGAUACCUUCCCCAAGGAGCUGCCUGCAGAUCUGCGGAUGCUGGGGUGCUCCGAAACGCCUGACGAGCUCGACGAGCCGCAUGAGAACUAUGAAGAUGGCGACCAGGAGACCCUGGCGCCCAGUGCCCCUGACACAGCAGCGACGGCAGGCAGCUUCAGUGGCGGGGCGGCACUUGAGCCGACAGAGCCAGCGCCCCCCGAACCGGGCAUGCCCCAGUGCACUGAUGAGGAGAUCGAGGAAACCUGGAUACAGUGGCAGAAGCAUGGCAAGAAAAGCAGAAUUUUGGGUCAAGCGUACAAGCCCAAAGUUAAAAACCUCAAGCCCCCUUGUCGCCCUGACCUCAGCACAUCCUCUGGCUGCAAUGAAACGCUGAGGGUAAGCAAGUUCCUGCCCUGCACCCCCCUGGUGCCUGUCACAGUACCUUCAAUGCCUGAAAUUCUGAAGAAGCAGCAGAAGAACCAGGAGUGCGCUGAAACUACGGGCAAACAGAAGUACCGGAAGAAGUGCACCAUGGGAAAGCAACAACACAAGGAUCAAACUCAUACUACACAUUGA